AUGCCUGUACGUCUUCGAUAUUUAAUUAAUCGUGUACCAUUACCAUCUCUUCAAUAUUAUACAUUAAUAAGUACAUCAUUAUUAUUUGCUAAUAUAUUCUAUUAUCAUCAUUUAAUUCAAAUAAAUGUUAAAAAUUUAACAAAUGAAACCAUUAUCAAUGGAUCAAUAUUUUUUUCAAAUGCAAAACCAUUUUCAUAUGAAUAUAUUCAAACAAUUUUAUCUAUUAUUAUAUCACAAACAUUAUCACUUCUAAUAUUGGUUAAUGCAAUAUAUUGUUCAUUUGGUUUAUUUGUUAAAUAUUUACAAGAAUUAAUAUUUGGUGAAAUACGUUUUGUUGAAUUACAACGUAUAAAAGAUAAAUUUUGGAAUUAUGCAUUUUAUAAAUUUUGUUUUCUAUUUGGUGUACUUGGUUUAGAAAAUUUAAAUGAACUUAUAUUAUGGAUAUCAUGGUUUUCAUUUUUAGCCUGUGCACUUCUAUUAUGUCAAUUAUCGAAAGAUCGUUUUGAAUUAUUAUCAGUUUCGGCUUCAAUACGUCGUCAACCACUUGUUAAAAUUCUUUGUUUACUUACAUCAUUACUUAUAAUAUGUUUAAUAUUAUUUACAAUUUGUUAUUUUAUUGGUUAUAAAUAUGGUGGUUUAUCAAUAUUUUUUUUUAUGUUAGCUGAAACAAUUUUAUUAACACUUGAUAUAUGUUAUCUUUUAUUUAAAUAUACAUUUCAAUAUUAUAUAUUUGAACAACAAGAACAAAAUCCAUUAACAACAUCAAAUGAAUAUCGUUCAUAUAUGAUAUAUUAUAUUGAAUUUUUAUAUCAUAUAAUAACAUUAAUUAUUGAUAUAAUGCAUAAUUUACAAAUGUUAUUUUAUCAUCAAACAUUUAUGUCAAUGUCAUCAUUAAUAUUUUUUAUGCAAUUAAAACCAUUAUUUAAUGAAUUAACACAACGUUUAAAACGACAUAAAUCAUAUCGUAAUGCAAUGAUACGUAUGGAAAAAAAAUAUCCAUUAUUAACUAAAUAUGAUUUAGAACAAAAAUAUGUUAAACAAAAUCAUAUAUCAAGUUUAGAUGAAAUUUGUUCAAUUUGUUGGGAAAAAUUUGAAAAAGCAAGAUGUUUACCAUGUGGUCAUCUAUUUCAUCAAAAUUGUUUACGAAGUUGGCUUGAACAAGAUACAACAUGUCCAAUAUGUCGUUUAUCUUUACAAGAAGAUACAACACAACAAACACCUAAUGUACCUGUUCCAACUCCAGCAACAUCUAAUUUUCUUCUUUGGCCAUCAUUAACUCUUGCACGUCGUGCACCUAAUGUACUUGGUUUAGCUGAUACAACAGGUCAACGUCCACCAGCUAAUCAUUUAUUUCGUUUUGAUGGUAGUCGAUAUUCAUCUUGGUUACCAAGUUUUUCAAUUGAAAUUAAUCAUAAUUUUCCAUUUCGUCUUGGUCGUGCACGUUUUACAGAUGUACAAUUAACAAGUACAGCUCAAAAUAUUCAACAAAUAUUUCCACAAGUUCCAUAUGAUAUAAUACUUGCUGAUUUACAACAAACACAAUCAAUUGAUACAACAAUUGAAAAUAUUAUGGAUCAUCGUAUUCAUAUUGAACCACAACAAACUCAUCAUCAACAUGAUACAUCAGGUACAGAUGAAUCAUCAUAUUCAUCAUCAUCAUCAACAUCAUCAUCGGAAGCUGGAGAACCAAUCGAUACAGAUUUAUUAUCUGAUCUACGUCGAACAACACAAACAGAUGAAUUAAUUGAUAAUGAUGAUAACGAAAAUUUUACAUGGCCAUUAGAUCCACAACUUUCAUUAGCUAGUCGAAAACAACAAUUAAUUUUGCAUAUGCGACGGUAA